AUGAGAAAUGUCAAUAUUGAGAUACGUUUACCAAAACGCAUAUUUCUGCUGCUUCUAUUGGUCUUUCUCCGGGGGAAAUUAAUCUUGGUGAUUAUAACAUUGAUUGGAAUUCUGUUCUAUUCUGCCGCAUCAAUCACCCUACCAAUUCUAGAUCCACCAAUUCCCAAACUUUUACAGGAUGAUGAUUUCAAUGAGGAUGUUGUUUCAGAGGCGUCAGUGGUUAAAAGAAAUCUAUUCUCGAAUUAUCCAAAGAUUUCCCAAGAAGUUGAGAAUAUUAUCGAUUUAGUAGUUCGUGAUUUCAUCGACACUUGGUUUUCUCAUAUCAAUGGUAAUCCGUCAUCAGAGUUCCCCCAAACCGUAAGAGCUGUGUUGCUAGGUUGCGUGGAAAAAUUACAAUCUCUAUUACAACGUAAAGAUGAAGCCAGUUUAAUAGUUCUUAAGCUUUUGCCACUAAUCAGCAAAUAUUUUGAUGAAUUCUGCUUGGCUAGAGAAGCGGUUAUGGCGGAUAUGACUUUUGCCAGAGAUGAAGACACAAAUGCGGAAUUAAGUGUUGCCGUGGAAUUUAAUAAAAAUUUUAGACUGCAUAGAGCUCUUUCCCUGCGUUCCAACUAUUUAAAUCGUGAUAUUAGCCAAUAUGUGAAACUUAGAAUGGAAAAUUUCCUUUCUUUUAUUAUUGGAACCAAAGAGCUAAGCUCCCCCUAUGUUUGCAUUCUGUUGCGUGAAAUACUUAGCUCAUGCAUAGCGGAACCAAUAAUAGUUAAAUUUUCAGAUCCUGAUGCUUGGAACUUAAAACUUAUUUCAAUUUCAGAAAAGAUAUUGGAAGAAUAUGAUCAAGUGGAUGAAAUUCGUAAAAUUCUGUCCAAGGAAGUAGAAGAGCAGAGAAACCCAAUUGGCGAUACUGUGAAAAAUGAAAGACAACCUAUGGCAUUGGAAUUAGUACCUAAUUUAUCGAAUAAACAAUUUGAAGAUUUCUUGAGGCAGAUCAGUUGCUUUACGUCUUUUAUCGAUCUACAAAGUACAAAAUACUCUUUGCUGACAAAACUUCUACAAUUAAAGAAAAUUAAUGGACUAUCCAAAAACCUGUUAGAGUACAAUAAAAGGUUAUAUCUCUCUCUCAAUUUGGUACAAACCAGACUGUUAUAUGUAAAUGACAAAGGCUACUUGAAGAAGAUGCGAUUACGAGAUCCUAACACUCGAGGUGCUUUCGAUGCUGAAAAGGAAUUAGAACAAUUUGAGGCAUUCUUGGGGACAAUCAGUUUAGAGGAUAUCUUACAGGAAAAUUAUUGUCUCUCUUUUUUCGAGAAGUUUAUAAGAGAAAACUCUUUGAAAGAAGGUUCUGCCUACUUAGAAUAUUGGAAGCUAGUGGAGGGCUUAAAAAACCCAUUGGAAAACACCGUCACUGAAUCUAUUUCUGUAUCUAUAUGUGACACGGAGUCGUCAAACUUUAAAACACAAGUGUUAAAAUUUUUUGAAGGAGAUCAUCUAGCCACUAUGAGUUCCUUGAACCGGAGGCUUGUCGAAGAUAUCCUUCAAUUUAAGGGGGUCAAUAUCGAUGAUUCCAUGCUGUCUUCAAACAGAAGAAGCAUGCUUCUAUUGCAAGAUCUGUCCCAAGAAGCUUUGAAUCGAUUCUUCUUUCAGCGGUAUAAAGAAUCGAGUUUUUUCCUUGAAAUGAUUUCGAGCCCAGGUUUUGCAUCCACGGAUGUCUAUGCUAGACUGAUAGACCUUCCAGCCGCUGAUAAAGCAGAUGCAAAGCUUCAAACCAAAAAGUCGGUUGAUGCCGUUAGAAUACUGACGCAUCCUGACAUAAGUGAUGCAUUAGAUAGAAUUCUGAACGAUAAAAAUGGUCGUCGAACAUCUACAAGUAAGCCAAAGAACUCUUGGGAAACUUUAUUUGGAAAUGAUGAUGAUGGUGACGGCGACAGAAUAUUCAACGAUACUCUUUUCAACAAUGAUGAUAGGUUUGAAGCAGUGGAAUCAUUUUUUGGGAACCAAGACGAAGAAGAAACCCAAGAUUCUACUGAAUCCCUGUCAAAUAGUAUCAAUUCAGGUCUUAAUGCCCACUCAGAAAUUUCUAGCGACAAAUUACAAAAUAGUACGCAUACAUUUACCAGUCUAAAGGAUGACAUUGCGAAGUUGACACUUGCAAUUGAUGAUAUAGAGAAAGAACUGGAAUUGCUGGAUCAUUUGAUUUUGAAAGCUGAUUUAACUAACAACCAAAACCAGUUAAAGCUUUUGAGGAAAUCUCAGAAAGCUCUCUUAAAAGACUUAGAUAAUAAAGAAUUGCUAAAGCAACAGUGUUUGGUCCAGGAAAAUGCCAAUAGCCUAUACGGCAAAACAAAAAUUUGCAUAAGAAGUUAUUACGUUGAUACACAGCUUGAACAUGGUCACGAAGUUGCCUAUUAUUUGAUAAAUGUCGAGCAUUCACAUCAAGGUCAGGUAACGGCAUGGGAAAUCCCAAGGAGAUUUAACGAAUUCUUCAAAUUGAAUUCUACACUUAAGAAAAAGUAUAAAAGUCAAGUAAAGCAUUUGCAAAAAAGAGAUAUAUUCCCUGAGAAGGUGAAGAUGUCCUUAAAAUAUCAUGUAUCCAAAGUGCUUUUAUAUGAGGAAAGGAAAGAAAGAUUGGAAAGAUAUCUUCGAGAGCUGUUAGCUAUACCUGAAAUCUGCCAAGAUAAUUUGUUUAGGGUUUUCUUGACCGAUUCUGCGAGCUUCAAUGCUAAGGAAGAAGUGGUGAGUAAGCCGCUGUUGAGAUCGCUCGAAGGUUCCGGUACAGAUCUUAGUCACAAGAGGGAGUCUUCAACAGAUUUUCAAACCCGCCAAAUUGAUGCUGAUUACGAAGAAGAGUUAAAUUUCUACGAAGAUGACCGCAACUUUUAUCAUAAUAAGGAAACAGGCCGAAAUUCACAAAACAAAUCAUUUGUCAAACCCAUAUGUGACCUUUUCAUAUCUGUUUUUUCAUUAAACAGAAGCAACUCUGGCUGGCUCAGGGGAAAGACAAUAAUUACGGUAUUACAACAAUUACUCGGGAGUACGAUUGAGAAAUAUGUUAAAAACAGUAUUCGAAAAUUGAGAGAUGAAGAUCAAAUAUUGAGAACAAUUCUUUUGUUGAAAGAAUCUCUAUGGGGGCCCGAAGGUGUUUUUUCUAGAAGCGGCAUGGCUGCUCCCAAUGAUGAACGUACCAAAGGUGAGAAAGCUAGGACUCAGGCCGAUUCACAAGCGAUUUUGCAGUCUCUAUUCGCAGAGACUUGUGGUAAAGUCAUUGGCCUUCGAACAGCUCGAGAGGCUGGUUUUAAUAUUCACAGCAUGGUCCAAAAUCAGUUUUUAAUGGCAAGCCUGUUGCUGGAGAUUAUGGAUACUGUCCUAGAUGAGAUCUGUGAUGACGACAUGGGAUACCAUUCAGUUGAGCAAUGA